AUGUCUCAAACACCGCAUUCAAAUUGGAUCGAGUCCAAGCAAGAGGAUGGGAUCCGCAGUAGUGUCUCUGACUUGGUCAUCGCUAGACCGGACGGUCUAGUUGGAUUCAGAGCCCUUUUUGAAAAUAAAUUCAUACUUGGUAUAUCGUUGUUCUCGACUCUCGGAGGAUUCGGAGUCGUGAGCAAUGUGCUUGCCAUCGAGUCUUUUGGAGCGAAGUUCCCGGAGAUAUACACGAAUGCAGCGCUGAAGGGAUGGUUUGUCUCCACCCUUUUGCUGGCUGCCUGGUUCGGAUCUAAUGUCAAUGGCCCCGUCUGUGACAAGAUCGGGCGAAAGGUAGACAUAAUUUGUAAUGUGGUGAUCUUUCUUCUCGGUAGUUCACUUCAAGCAGGUGCAACGGCUCCCGUCUAUUUAUUCGCCGGUCGCGCUGUUGCCGGUCUGGCAAUCGGUGCCCUGACGCACGUCAUCCCGAUGUAUCUCGCCGAGAUAUCCAGUGCCAAUAUUCGUGGAUUUUUAGUCUCUCUGCAGCAACUUUCUAUUACAUUUGGGAUUCUUGUUAGUUACUGGAUUGCGUAUGGCACGGCACACAUCGGGGGAACCCGAUGUGCACCAGAAAUAGCAUACACUGGAGCGCUUUUGAACGGCAGGCCUACGUUCGAUCCUUACACCGAUGUCCCUCCUGGUGGCUGCACUGGUCAAAAUCAAGCGUCAUGGAGAGUUCCGCUUGCAUUUCAAAUAUUACCUGCUUUGUGUCUCGGCAUUGGCAUGCUCUUCAUGCCAUACUCGCCCCGUUGGCUCAUUGAGCAAGGCCGCGAGGAGGAGGCUCUGGCAACGCUAUCGCGUCUUCGCCAGAAGCCUGCUGAAGAUCAUUCGGUUCACAUUGAAUUCCUGGAGAUCAUGGCUGAAGUUCGUUUUGCGAAAGAAGUCAUGAAGGCGGCAUAUCCCAAUGCGGGGCCAGUCAGACAGAUAAUUAAUAAAUACUUGGUAUUGGUCUCCAGCUGGCCAAAAGCCAAACGUGUAACUGUUGGUUGCCUUGUUAUGAUGUUCCAACAAAAUAUGGGGGUGAACGCUAUCAUUUAUUACGCACCUACGAUCUUCGGCCAACUGGGGCUUGACCCAAACACUACCUCCCUGUUUGCCACUGGUGUUUAUGGAAUUGUAAACAUGCUCUCUACUUUACCUGCCAUCAUUCUUCUCGAUAAGGUGGGCAGGCGACCUUUGUUAAUCUCCGGUGCCGCCGGAUGUUUCACUUGUCUGGCAAUCGUGGGUUCUCUUGUAACCGUGUACGGCAAAGACUGGCCUGCACAUGCAGUGGCGGCUCGCAUUGCUAUUGUCUUUGUGUUUCUCUACGACGUCAACUUCUCUUAUUCAUGGGCCCCGAUUGGAUGGGUUAUUCCCAGUGAGAUCUUCCCGUUGCACCUCCGGUCCACUGGUAUCUCCCUUACCACAUCAACCACGUGGUCAUCGAAUUUUGCGAUUGGGCUUUUUACGCCGACGAUGUUGCAAAUGGGUGGUAUAGCAUACUUUACCUUUGCCGGAUUUUCUCUUGCUGCGUUACUCUCAGCCAUAUUCUUCUUCCCAGAGACCAAGGGUCGGACCUUGGAAGAAAUGGACGCUGUGUUCGGUGACAAUGCUACUGACAGGGAGCGAGAACACAUGCAGGGUAUUUGUCGGGAGCUUGGUCUGCCCGACCGGGCGCUUUUGAAUGCAUAG